ACACUCGUAACAAAAUAUUGGAUGUCGGGGAUGUCAACCUUGGAAUACGCGGAUUUAUGAAAACUACGGGUUAUAAUAUCGCUACUAUUUUCGAUGCAAAAUUCCCAGGAAAGCUUGAUGACACCCUAAUAAAUAGGCUGUGCUUGUCAGUAGUAUGUCAGCAUGAAUUUCACACUGAGUUUUGGUCUACAUUGCCGAUCAGUGAAUGGCAUCUUAUAUCGAAACACGCUUCUCGAUGGGACAUUGAUUGUGAUUACACUACUGAAUUGCAUAUCAUUCUGAAAGCUGCCGUGUCUCUUUCUUUUCGCUAUGGUUUUAUUUUCGGAAAUGAGGAUUUUGGCCCCCAUCAGAUCGUAUUGUAUGCUCUCAAUGUAUCCAACAAAAAUGUUGAUAUUACACUCACUGAAGCCUUGGCUAAUUGUUUAAAAAGUCUUCGUUCUCUCACAGACAUUAGUUCUGUAUCUUGGAUCAAGUCUCCAAAGGUCUUAACACUUCUUCAAGGUCUCUCUAGGGAAACAAAUGUUCAUGUUUUCAGAAAUACCGUUAUCAUAUGUGCAUUUAUUUUUCUUCAUCUUCUUGUAGAUGACAAGCUUGAUGCUAGCCAAAAGCCUUUCAAUGAAUGUUUUCAGCUGUCAGCUUUUGGUACUGAAGUUUUGUUCCUAAUUGCAGAAUUGAUUAAGAAGUUUAAUAUAGAAUUUGAUACUUUGCAAAUACCGGAUACAUUUCAAUUUAGCGUGACUACUUUUGAUUCAUUUCCCUCAGAACUACAAGCUAAGUUGCUCUUUUUGGUUUUCACUCGUAUUGUGAGCUCACCAUCAACCAACAGUGAUUGGGUUUCAUAUUUGAAGUCUUUACGUAACUUCCCUGAGCUAUGUGCCUCGAUAAUCAGCUUUUGUUUAAAAUCCAAUAAGGAACUGUGUAAUGAGAUGUGGAAAUUUGUCAUAGAUGAAUGGUCUAUUUCUUUGCAUACGUGUUUGGAAAACGAUGAAGUUGAUAGUCUACUUCGUAUUAUAAACCCAGUUUGUCUGUAUACAAAUGCUUCGCUCCAUAUGGAAUCUGGAAAUGACUUAUUAAAGAAAAUUCUGUCUGUCGUUAUGAAAAACUCAAAUUCUGUUAAAGGAAAUAAAGUAGACAAGUACCAUGCAAGGUUGUGGGUCUUGUCGAGAAUUCUAGUCCAUUGUUCACCAUCUUCAAUAGUUUCAUUGUCGGAUGUAACUGAUGUCGCGGACUACUUAGUAUCUUGUUGUAGCAAUUCUUUUUCCAAUCCCAUGACUUCUAGUAUAGAUGCCGCGUUUAACUUUUUUGAAGAAGUUUGUCUUCUCUACUGGAGCUCAAAACAGUCAGUAAUUGAUAAACUGAUUUUUAAACUCUUUGGUUCACUUUUGACCACAGAUAAUCCAAGGAUUUUUUCCACCUUCUCAUUUCAUUUUAUUCACCUUAUCGAAGAAUUGUCUUAUAAAUACAACUGUCUAGAGGUAUAUAGUACAUUUUGGAUUUGCCUUUUCAAACUACUGAACAAAGUAAAUGAUCAGAUACUAAACCAAUCUCCCAUGUUUGAUGUGUUUAAUAAUGAAGGAUUACUGGAUGUAGCUGUUGCAAUUUUAAAAAUUCUUAGUCGCGAAACAUAUAUAUUAUUGUGGACAGGUGAAUGUAAACUGUUAUUUUCUAUGUUUGUUGAUAGUCUCAUGUCGAGACUUGGUGUCGGUAAUUUUAUAAACGAUGCUUCCUUUCGUGGGCUUUCCCUUUCAACCUUCAUUAUCUUCAUCGUCUGUGAGUAUCAUAAUAAUCACACAAGUCCCCAUUCAAAGGAUCAGAAUCGUUCACUUGAAUGGGCUUAUAGAUCAUAUGAUUAUCUUGUAAAUUUUGACUUAAUGGAAUUGACAGAAUCAAAGUGUGUUUCCAAAACACUGUGGAAUACCGUCAAAUAUCUUGAGAAACACAAUAUUAAGUUAUCUUCAGUUGGGUAGGGAGUUGAUCAAGAGAAUUUAUUUAAAAUACCAAAAUUUCAGUCCACAUGACACUUCUGUUACGUCCUGUUUUUUUGGCGUUUUGUACAUAUAACCACAGCGCAAAUCCAUAAGAUUAGUUGAAGAAGUUGCUAUGGAUGCACAGUAAGCUUGUACAAUUAAUUUGGCAUGUUUUUCUGCAACGCCCAAGUAAUAAUAUAUCUAAUUCAGAAUCUUGUAAACAGUAUCACAGAUUUGUAAAGCGGUGACCCAUCAUUUUGGUCGUCCGACUUUCAAGUAACCGUUAACAGACGGAAAAUUUAAUCCGCAGAGCAGUAUUUGUAACAAUUAGUUCAUCAACUAAGUAUAGACUCGUUUACUUGGUUUUGAACCACAUCCAUUAUAUUCAGGUUAGUGAUACUACGCAGUUGGCCAAACCCAAGUGUGUGAAUGAGGUUCAAUUCAGCGAGAUCACGCCUUAAACUUGAACCUCUUGAUAACUAAUUCACUGUUCCACAACAACAUUUAAUAGUGUAGUAGUUAGCUUCACUGGAUCUUAUAUCGUAUUUAUAAAUUUUAAUUUAACACGAAAACUUAUUGUAUUUGCAUAUAUAUGUAACACUAGGAUUGGUUAUGUACUGCAUUUUUUAGCGUCUUUAACACUCAGUUUUGCUAUCUCGUCAUAUUCCUUUCGGAGAUACCCAUGCCCUUGACUUACGGAAGACCGAUUGUUAUCAACUGUUAACCUAUGUGCUCUGUAUAUACCUAAACAUAUAUAAUAGAUUGACGCAUUCAACAUGUACUGAGGUAUGAAUCGUACUCUAGGUGUGAGGGCUAAUAGUACCACAAAGUCGCCAAAACCGAAGUGGAUAAGCGGAGUUCGAAUGUGGGGUUGUGUCUGUAAUUCUAAGGUCUUAACCACUAAAUCAGCACUCCGUAUGCUUAAGCUUCCUGAAGCUUUGUUAGUUUUGAUUUUAUUACAGAUCAAAUUUCGUCUUUUUGUAUUUCCUCGUGAAAGAUUGGAAUGAUGUUCACAACGCAUAUUUCAACUGUUUCAGUUUCUUAGGGUUUGAGAAUUUCGUCGAUUAGUGUACUGCUCCCACUUGAACUUCCACAAAUAGUCUAUUGUUGAUUCGAAAACACGCAACUGUUCCUUAGGGGAUAAAAAGUUAAAUACCUCAAAUCUUUUUACGUUGAUACUAAAAAUCCGAAAUUUAAGAUGUAGUUUUCAAAUGUUCCAUUAAUACAUAAUCAAUGUCUACUUUCUUGUCAAAAGAAACUGGACUCAUAGGUUUAAUGAUUUUUUUGUUUCUGAAAAUUUUACCACUUUCUAUGUAUGAAGAUGAUUCUCCUGAUCUAGACAAAAAAUAGGCAUCGAAUUAUUUUAUGCAUCUUCAUAAAUACAUAUUUGCUACAGUUCUCUAGUCAUGCACUGAAUCAGUUAGUAGCUUCAGUAAACCACAUCUGUUGUUCUACUAUUUGUCCGAUGAAUAUGGUAACUAAGCUACUUAUGUUUUUUGUAAAGCUUAAAAACCUGGGAGGUUUUUAAAAUGUUGAGGACUGUUCUUAGAAAAAAAUACAUUAAAGUUCUUUUCAAAUGAAGACCAUGUGGACUGCAAUGACGAUUAAAAGCGAAGACGACAGACAACCUCUUGUGUUAUUGAGAAUAUCGAAUAUCUUUAACCUUUUGGGUUUUUCAAUCGCUGAUUUACUGCCUGAAUAUCUGCUGACGAAUUCGAUUUGCGAGAAUCGUUUGUUUAUAUAGUUGUAGCAAAGUAUGAGACGACGAGAAAGCCUGUGAUUCUGAUUGUUAUAGACUUUCUAAGGUGUUUUGAUUAUUGGAAGGGAGGUUGAAACGAAGAUAUUACCAGUUAUGGGAAGUAUUUUCAGAGGAAAAAGAAUAUUAUUGUGCCUUUGUUUCUUAGGCAAAGCUUACAUAACGUCAUAAGCAAAGAUGGAUGGUGG